AAAAAAAACAAGACCAGUUGAAAGACUCUCCUCUGCCCAUCGAACAGUCUCAUCAUCCAAUCAUUCAUUCAUUCUCCUCUUAACCUCACCCCUUCCCCUCUCUCUUUCUUCCUCUUCACAGCAAACAAACAAACAAACAAGAGACCAUGCUAAACUAUCUCACCAACCUAGCAUCCUACUACCUACUACCACAACAACAACAACAACAACAACACCAGCAACAGCAACAGCAACUACUCAGUCCACAUCCAACCUACAACUCAAACGCACUCUCACUCGCCUCAAUCGCAUCAAAAACUGACCAACUCACUCAGUCAAACCAAUCAUUCCUACCCAGCUCAACCUCAUUCCCAUUCUCAUCAGCAUCAUCAUCAUCACCACUACCACUAACAGAACAACAACAACAACAACUCAUACCAAACUCAACUAAUACAACCAUCCUACAACUCAACCUCAACACCAAACUACUACUACCCACCAAACCAUCACCUCACAAGGCACUAUCCCCAAGAGCAACCCACGAUCUCAUCUCCAGGCUCGAUGCCACCUCCCCACUCCUCCCUCAGAACCUCGCCAACUUCAUCACUGCUGCCUCACUCGCCGCAAGGGUCUCACUCAGAUCUUCAGCCUUCUUCAUCGAACUCAUCCUAGAAUCUCUCAGAUACUCAACUACAACCUCACUAGGCAUCACCCGUCGAGCACUCAUCUCUGCCGUCGGCAGCGCAAGGGCCAUACACUACAAUCAUCACUCAAACAACAACCAACCACUUCCAAAUUCAUCCUACCUCAACGUCCUCGAUCAUUAUACCAACGUAGGCAUCUACCUCGUCCACCAUGUCUUCACCAUGGCCGAACUGCUCUCCAUUGCCGGCCUCGACCUCACUCAUUCAGUCAUCUCAACUGGCUUCGAGACCGCCGAGGUUUCAGUCAUGAUGCUCGACAGCAUCUUUGGCUCAAACGAAUCAUCUCGCGCACUCUCGGCUAUUAUCAUGCUAGUCCGACGCGAACUGCUUCACGACCCUCGUUUCACUCCCUCCCAUUCGAGUACCCUGACUGGUCUCGUCGCUCUCACAAAGGCGAUCACUGCCUUUGCAUGUCUACAGCUCGCCACCACUCGUCGUACCACCGCUUCGAUGAAGAUGCGGGUCGUGUGGGACGCAACGAUGAUUGCUGAAUCAGUCACCGAAUCAAAGAGCUUGGCCGACGGAAUCGAUUACCAACUAGGCAUCAAGCAAGGUCGAGCUCACGGCUGCAACUCUUCACACCCUCCACCAUCAUCCCCGGAGACACACACUCACUCACCCCCCUCCACUCGUUCAUCCCCUCGACAGAGCAUACACAAGUUAUCCGAAUCUGACAAGUCUUCCCUCCUCACCGAUCUCAGAACAUCAAUGGAAGCAAGAGCAACUCACUUCAACUCUCAUCGCAGUAUCAACUCUGAAAUCCUCUCUACUGCCCCCACCCCUCCUCAAUCUCCAGAACAUCGUUUGGAAGAACGCCAAGAAAUUGAAUAUAAACUCACCCAGAUCCUUACCGACGGUGAAAACAAUCCAGAUCCCUACAACGAUAAUCAUUCCAACUCGGCUACCAUCGGCUUACCAGCUUCAUCCAACACUGCAAGAUUGGUGCCCGAUGACGUCAGAAAAGCACUUUACCAGGUCAAGCGCACCUCCUACUCACGAACUCAGUCUUACUCCUCCGAAUUAACCAGUCUAGGAACUACCACCUUACCCGAUUAUCUAUCAACCGCCACCUAUCAGCUCACCACCUUGACCACUCAAACCACCAGAACAAGGACUACGACGACUAACAGUGCCCACUCCAGUACCCCAAACGACCACGACCAUCAUUUUUCUUCUAAUACCACCAAGAGGAAUAAUGAUAAGAAGGCUUCCACUCUACCCUCCUCACCACAACCCUCUUACGACGCAUAUCAGGUCCAUUGGUCUGCCAACGUUCACCUGGAUCCUCAUCCCUCUACUUCCACACCACCACCCUCUCGGCCCAAGAUGCGAAUCAUGACAAGAAUACUUGAUUCACAACCCAAGCAGAACGCAUGUGAUCAGACCGAGUAUGAGCCUGCGGAACAGUCACUAUCAGAUCACUUGAGUUCCAAGCCAAAGGUAUCCAGGACGAAAUCCAUGCCAUCUUCCCCCCGGCGCUCGUUUUGCUUUACCCAAUCGAAAGUCGUCAGACGCUCCUUGACACGAUCCAAGACGCAUUCCAAUAUGAACGACCUGACACUCCUUGAUGAUCCGUACUCAUUCGUUUAUCCGCUCCCAACCAUGGUCUCCACCUCUCAAACCCCUCCUUCGUCCCCCUCCGUCGUCAGUGAGGAGUCCAGUCUCGAAUCCGACGAGCUUGUCAUCCAACCUGAUCAGCGCCCAUUCACCAGUACAAUCUCAGAGAUCCCUCAGGAGGAUGAGGAUGAGAAUCAGCGAGGGUAUUUUGGUGUGAGGGACGGGCCGAUGAGGCCUGUAGUACCACCACCCCCUUCAUUUAAUACUAAUCGUCAAAAAUCAUCUACCUCCAUUCAAACCGUUCGCACCCAUCAAGUCUCUCAAACCCUCUCUCCAAGCGCCCAGCCCCCAUCCUCAGACUUCCCGCCUCAACCACUCGUCAAGAACCUCGGCCGAUUCAUGCGCUACAGCUCAGCCGCCUAUGGCCAACAGUUCCUCAGGAUCAUGGGCAUCGGUGUCGACUCGUUCAACUACCCCAACACCAGGAAGCACUCUGCCAAUGAUCAUGCCUUCGCCAGUCACGUCGGUCUCCCCGUCGACCAGAUCCUCCUCAGCUCAUUCACCGAGCCCAAUCCGGUCCUGGGUAAUGAAGUUUUGAGUCCGCUGGUCCAUUACGUCUCGAUCGAUCACGACUCGAAGGCGGUGGUCUUGACCUGUCGAGGUACCCUAGGCCUCUCCGAUAUUCUCGUCGAUCUGACGUGUGAAUACGAGCCGAUUGCGGUUGAUGGUGGGGACCCGAGUGCGUCGUAUCUAGCGCAUUCAGGCAUGCUGCACUCCGCACUUCGGCUACGGAGGGAGUCCUCGACGGUGCACGAGGUGAUCAAACAAGCGUUGAUCGAUUACCCGACUUACGGGCUGAUCAUCACUGGCCAUUCGCUCGGUGGGGGGGUCGCGGCUCUGUUGGCGGUGCUCUGUAGCACCCGGACGGAAAGCUUCCUGGGCCAGAUCUCGGGCCAGUCGACGCCGAUCGCCCAUCCUCCCAUCAGCACCCGCUUCGUCACCUCCUUCCGCUCCGGCUUCCCGCCCGGCAGACCGAUCCAUUCUUACACCUAUGGCACCCCCGCCGUCGCCUCGCUCGACCUCAGCGAAUACACCAAGGGCUUAGUCACCACGGUCUGUAAUGGGAUCGAUAUCGUCCCCACACUCUCGCUCGGCGUCCUUCAUGACCUCAAAAGUAUCGCCGUCUCCUUACAUGAAGAGGAAAGUGUGGCGAUCGAGAUCGUGAAGAAAGUAGUAGGUCUCUAUCGACCGAAAUCUACUAGCAGUACAACCGGUCCGACCCAACAACAACAACAACAACAGGCUCAAGAACUCUUCACCUCUUCUCAACAAGAUAAUGAUGAUGAUGAUGAUGGAACUGGUAAAAAUAAGGAGAAAGUGUCGAUGAAGGAGCAUGAGAUCAGGAACGGCGUGGGCGACAAUCGGGCGAAUGGUGCGGAUUAUCGCGACCCUGCUCUGGAGGGCUCGCUGUUUGGGAAGGCCGAAUUGACGCCCGAGUUGGGCGAUUGGCUCUGGUCUCUUCGACGGACCAUGCGUGCCGUCUCGGAUGCUGAGAAACUCUAUCCGCCGGGUGAGGUGUGGCAUGUCGAAUCCUACGAGGUCUUUGUCGUUAGAGAAGUCAAUGAUCAAGAGAACAAGAGGAAGAAGAAGAACAAUCCAGGGGCACCAUCGCCCGGAGCGAGAUCUACUUCCUCACCUCAUCCUUCGUCUUCUUCUUCUAAUAGUACCGGUUUCUCGUACCCGAACCAUCAUGAUCCGGCGCCGCCUUCUACACCAACGACUGCUACCCCGACGCCGUCCUCGGCCACUUCUUCCAGACGUCAAGGUCGCAGAAUCAUCCUCAGGGCUUGCGAUGACGUGCAGGCUCGGUUCUCGGAACCUAUCUUUGGAAAAACCAUGUUUCAUGAUCAUAUUCCUUCGCAAUAUGAAUUGGUUCUGGAACUCUUGGAGACCGCGAUCGGCAAUUCUUCGGACGAUUAACACACACAGUUCUCCUUCAUCAUCAUUCAUCAUCAUUCAUCAUUCACCUAAUUUAUAAUUAAUCAUCAUCUCUUUUUUUUUUUUUUUUUUU